GGGGCGGGGAGGGAGCAGAGCGGGGAGUCCCCUGCGGAGGGCGGAGGUCCUGGCGGGAGCGCGGACAGCGGCUUUCCUGGAAGGGGCGAGAACGUCCCGGGGCGGGGACGGUCGCUCGGUCCCGGCAGGCGAAGCGCCGGGCUUUCUUCGCUUGGUUGUGGGGAAGCACUUCGGGGCCUCGGAACAGGGAGAGACGUCGGGGGGCGGAUGCGGGAGCAUCGAGUAAAGGGCUGCGGAGAGCGGGCUUUAGCCGGGAUGAGUGGGCCCUUCUCCACGGAGGGAGGAACCCUGUGCAGGAGGCGGGGCCCGACGCCAGUAAAAUCAGAGAGACCGCGUUAAAAUAGCUUUGCCUGGGGCACCUGCGGCUCUGGCUGUGGGGUUGUGAGUUAGAGCCCCACGCUGGGCGUCGAGGUGACUUCAGCACGUAAAGUGCUGUCCGCUGCCCUGACGUCGCGCUCCCGGCCUGUUGAUGCAGUGCUGAGUGUAUUGCUUUGGCCGGCCCCUCGGAGGGAUGAAGGGCGAGAUGGGACGUGUUUGAGAAUCGCAAGUGUGGACUGAGCUGAGUCUGUCCAUUUGUGGGGCUUCAUUAGGGUUGGGGGGGGGUCCUGCACUCACAAAAUCCAGGAUUGGUAGAAACAGGCGAGGCAAGGGUUUCAGAAUCUCACCGUACAUAUUAGGGAUUCUUCCCAUUGAAGAGUUGGUCCCGUUGAACAGUGAAAAUAUUCUGGUCUCCCAGAAGAAGAAAGUCAUGCCAAUGUAAACAGUAGGUUAGGUGGGAUGGGAGAGUGUAGGUUCCACCCUCGGUGUCCAGCCUGUGUGUGGGAUUUUUUCCAGGCAAAAUAACCACGCAAAGUAAGCGAAGAUGUCCGUGGAUCCAAUGACCUACGAGGCCCAGUUCUUUGGCUUCACGCCACAAACCUGCAUGCUGAGGAUCUACAUCGCAUUUCAAGACUACUUGUUUGAAGUGAUGCAGGCCGUCGAGCAGGUUAUCCUGAAGAAGCUGGAUGAUAUCCCGGGCUGUGAGAUUAGCCCCGUCCAGAUUCGUAAAUGCACAGAGAAGUUUCUUGGCUUCAUGAAAGGACGUUUCGAUAACCUUUUUGGCAAAAUGGAGCAGCUGUUUUUACAGCUGAUCCUGCGUAUUCCCCCAAACAUCUUGCUUCCAGAAGAUAAGCCUCAGGAGAUGCAUCCCUGUACCGAGGAAGAAUUCCAUCUUCUCCAGAAAGAAAUCGAACAGCUACAAGAGAAGUAUAAGACUGAAUUAUGCACUAAGCAGGCCCUUCUCGCAGAAUUAGAGGAACAAAAAAUUGUUCAGGCCAAACUUAAGCAGACAUUGGCUUUGUUUGAUGAGCUUGAAAAUGCCGGCAGAGAUCAUGGGACUAGUGAUUUUAGGGAGAGCUUGGUGUUCCUGGUCCAGAACUCCAGAAAACUCCGGACUAUUAGGGACAGUGUGGAACGGGAAGGCAAAAGAAUGAAAAUAUCUUAAUUUCUAAGUAGUAACAGGAGCUCUUUAGGAAGUAGAAUAGUAAGGAUGUAUAUCAGUGGUGUUCUAGUGAACUGCACGUCUUACGGGAUUUCCUUUGUUUGCUCUUUCCUGUACUCCACACCUCCCUGUGUCUUGGUCCACUCUGCUGAGAUAGCUCUGCACCACCCUGGACUAAUCUCUGGAGCAUCUGUUCCCUAGAGACCUCUCGUCAGCGGGAAAGGAUUCCUGGUCCAGUAACAGUAUCCUGGGGGCCGUGACUGAAGAGGCUGGGCUCUCCCUGGCCGGUCAGAGAUGUUUGUAAAGCUGUUCCUUGGUCCUCUGUAACUUGGUCCUUUCGACUUAUUCUUUGGAUGCAAUCAAAUGAGAAAAAGGUGCAGUGGGUGGCUUCGUUAUGAACCAGCCUCUGCCCCACGAGACCGAAGCCAGCUCUGCCUGCCUGCUCUCGUCCACUAGCGUGUCUUGCGCGGGGACGUCAGCCGAGGGAAAGAAGCAAGCAGAACGACACCCGUGAUCUUCGGGAAAGAGCAAACAAGUUGUUUUCGUUCCUAAACUAGAACCUUUUUGUGACGGUGGCCUCAGUAACGUGGAGCAGUCUGCCGUCUGUCUGGGAGCCCAGCAGGGCAAGACCGUGGGCAGAGAAGAGGCAGAUCUCACUGGGGCAGAAAGGGAAGCCCGAAACAGAGCCAAGAGCAGAGUUGAUGAACUGACUGUUAGGCAUUUAUAUCAUUUUUUUCAUACUUAAGUUAGUUUUGGAAUCUGCCCUGUACCUAAUAUUUUUAAAAUUAUUUAUUCAUACUCCUAAGCAUCAAAUAUUUAGUACCCACAGUGGGGAAAUUUUAGCUGUCUUGUGCUUAAAUUUAGUGGAGUCUAAUAUUUGUUUUCCGAAAUUAAUCCAUGUGACGUGUUGUGUCACCCAGAAAAAGAGCAUGAAUAGCAGUUGGUGCUCUUAGGGCGUUUCUCUCCGUGUCUUCCUUAAAGAACAGGAUUUGGAGUUUCUCCUUUAGAAGAGUAACUUGGGACAUUAAUGUUUGCAAUUAAAUAUUCAUAGAUUU